AUGGCGGUACCGAUCGGCGAGAACUUCGCCAACAGUUACAUGGAGCUGUGCAAGCAGCAGCGGUUGCGCCCGCUACCUGUCAUCUGCGUGACGUUGCCUCACAGUUUGGACUUCACCACCGAUCGCGUGAAAAUGGACGACUGGGGUCCAAUUUUGAACUCAUUGUCCCUCGAUCGCAGUUUAAGGUCUAUCUGCGUUCGUAGUAGGUACCAGUGUCGCAAGUCUUUGGAGGAAAUUAACUCCGAGGAUAAAGCCAGGACUAUGGGCAAAGCGCCAGUGGUGUUGUCUCGUUAUCUUCUCGAAUGGAUGUCCCACAGCGUCGGCCAGUGCAUCCGAAACUCUCCGGUGCUAACCAAUCUGGAGCUAGAAGGCAUUCCGUUUCCACCGGAUUGCCUCACUGUGCUGUGUGUUGGCUUGUCUCACACCCAAACGCUGCGCUACCUGUCCUUCCAGCGCUGUUACAUCGGCGACACCUCCUGCGAGGUGCUGUGCCGCACUGUGGCUGACAUUCCGAGCAUCAGAUCGCUAAAUCUUAGUUCCUGCGACCUGACGUCCAAAUGCGGGCCAGCAUUAGCAGCAGCGCUGUCCAGGCAAAAGCUGUCGCUCUACCACGACACCUGGAAGCAAUCGUUGCGCUACCAGGAGCCGAAUCUUGAGGCGAUGCCAGGAUUACGACGUUUGACGCUGAACGAUAAUCCCCAAUUGGGCGACGUAGCCGCGAGCGAGCUGAUCGAAGCCAUAAGAGAUAGUCUGUGGCUGAAAGCGUUGGACAUGCAGCGUUGCGGACUGACCGACAGGCUCGUCAAAGACCUCUUUGAGCUGUUGAAUCACAACACCACGCUGAUCGUGCUCGACGUCAGGCAGAACGCGAACUUGAACGAGGAUCUGGUGAAACACAUCAUGAAGAGGUUGGAGAAGAAUAAUGCGGACACUAAGUCUGAAUACAGGUGGCUUGGUUCUUCCGAACAAAAUAGAAGAGUGUCUUCGGCAGGUAGUAGGAAGAGAAUAGUAAAUGAGAACAAAGCAUUGGCGAGGCCACGUAGCGCUAUGACGGAGUACGCUAAGAGGCCUUACCAGGUUCCACCUAGAAAUGUUAACAGUCUGAUGAACAACGCGAAGAAAACGAAACUGAGACCGCACGUUCCAUCGUAUAAGAACCCGAGCGUUCAACGGCGACAGCAAGACCCGCAGCAGAUCGUGCAAUGCGUGCAGACGAAGCAGAAAGUGUCCCUUCAUUUGGAUCUUCAAUCUCAUAUUCAAUCGGUUAUGGGCGAGGCCAGUGGGAACACCGUGAGUAAUCAGACUUACGGUGGCAACGUUCAGCAGGUGACCGACAGGACAUCUUCAAACCACAUGUCCACAGGUCAGAAUACUAAAGUCGACGCAGCGACGCAAAUGGCGGACGGCUUGGACCUAGAGAAUUCAGACAGGAUAAAAUUGGUCCAGGUUCAGUUAGCAGAAGCGAAGGCAGAGCAUGAACGUCUGUUGGAAGAAACUAGGCACAGUGAUCUUUUGCUAGCAGAGGAGCGCAAUCGUCGCGAGGAAGCAGAGACGAAGCUGAACGCGAUGAAGAAGGAUUUUAUCCAGUUGGAGAACGCUUUGAAGGACAAGGAAAAGGAAACGAGCGGAUUACUGCUGAUCAGGCAACAAUCUAUGGAGGAAAUCUCCAGUUGUUUCGAGCGUCUGUUGAAGAUACUGGACAGCGUGACUAAUAAUCCAAGCAGAAAGGACACGGCUGUAGCGACUUUCGUUAAAGACGACAUAAAGAGAUGCAUCAGCUCUGUCAUUCGACACACCAAGUCGGAGAAUCUGCGACGUGCGUUUGCAGUAAACGUUGACGAGGACGAGUCGAUUGGCUACACCGAGCCGAUGAAGAAGUUCGCCAAGUCGGAAAGCGACAUGAGAUCGACUUUGCCGCCGAUGUAUCUGGAGAGAAACAUAGGAGACAGCCCGGACAUCGGUUCGCCCUCGCUGGACGCCAGAAUACUGCGCCACGAAAGGGAGUUGAUGUCUCCCAGGAAGAGGGCGAGGGCGUUGUUCGCGCAGAUCGUUCACGGGGACGCGGUUGUGGAAUUUUCUACCAAUGAAGAUUAG